AUGGAAAGCGGUGUCCGAAAGACGCGGAUACCUUGUCGAGGCAGAGUCCUUUUCAUCGCAAUCUGGUGUUUGGCGCGGGUGUCGCUCGUCGGCGCGAAGGACUACUACCGCCUGCUGGGUGUCUCGAGGAACGCCACCGAUGCCGAGAUCGCCAAGGCGUACCGCCUCAAGGCCAAGCAGCUACACCCCGAUGUCGCGCCCGGGAAGGAGGAGGAGUUCAAGGACAUCAACACCGCCUACGAGGUGCUCAAGGACGCCGAGAAGCGCCAGCUGUACGACACGUACGGCGAGGCUGGGCUGAACGGCGGGGGCGCGCAGACCCAGGGUCACCAGGGCUACGACUUCUUCCGGCAGGGCGGCCACGGCCACCACGGGAAGCACUCGGGCUUCACGUUUGACAUGAACGGCGGUUUUUUCGAGGACAUCUUCGAGAACUUCGCUUUCGGCGGCGGCAGGCAGCACUACGGCGGGUCGCAUGGCCACCACGGUGGAAGGGGCGCCGGCGGCGGCGGGGGCCAGCGCAUGUUCAAAGGGACUCUGGUGGAGGACGUGGACGCCGCCGGGUUCAAAGCCAGCAUGUCUACCAUCCGCACCUUGAACCUGUACGUGUUCUACAUGGACGACUGCCCCCACUGCAGGGACGCGAAGCAACCCAUCUCCGAUUUCGCGACCAAGUUCCAGGGCGCCAUCCGCGUCUACGCCGUCAACUGCAAUAGGCACAACGACGUUUGCGUGAGGAACCGGGUGGAAAAGGUGCCGCAGAUCGUGGCGUUCGCCGAGCCGAACAAGCCGGUGUUCUACGACAAGCGUACCUACGCCGAGCAGCUGGACGCGUUCGUCAGCCAGGCGCUGCCCGCCGAAUUCACUAUAAUCACGAACAGGAUGGAUCUCGACGAGUUCGUGUUCCAGGAGAGCAAGUUGCUCAAGGUGGUGGCCAUCAUCAAGAGGGGCGUGUACCUCACCAAACUGAAGGCGCUGGCCAAGGACCUCAGGGACAAGGUGACCUUCGCGUUCAUUCGCGGCAGCAACAAGGAGAUGGUGCAGGUGUUCGGCACCAGGGGCGCGACAACAACGGGCGUGCUCAUUCCUGUGGAAGACCCGGAGACGCUCACCGGCAAAACCAUAGACAUGGGCGCUUUGGGUUACCACGAUGUAGUGCUAAGGCUGAACCUCGCCCAGUUCGAGGCCAAACGGAGCCAGGGCGUGCACGGCAACGACACGAAUUACUCGCAGCUCACCGCGCGCAAAAUGGCGAACGGCGAGUGCACUGCCAGCGACAACCAGUUCUGCUUCGUCUUCGUGAAGUACGGCAAGAGCAGCGAGGAUGAGAUACACGAGGCGCUGCGGGGUCUCGCCAGAAAGUACGGCAACGACCCGAUCAAGGUCAGAUUCGUGAACGCGCAGGAAGAGGCGCGAUUCGUCGAGGCUUUCGGGAUGUCGCCGUCGUGUCCGUUCUACCAGAACUGUGCGAAGCUGGUCGCAUACAGGGGUAAACGCAGGAAGUACGAGAUUUUGGACGGCGGACUGACCGUGGAGAACGUGGAGCAGUUCAUCAACAACGUCAUCUCAGGCGCGCUGACACUCAAACAGACGCUUACACACGUGCCUACGGUCAACGACCCGAACCAGCACGACGAACUCUAA